CUCUGCACUCCUCUAUAUAUAUAGCCCUCCACCGCCAACACCUUCGUCUACUAAAACAGAAACCUCACUCCAUUUUCAUUUUCUUCACUCCAUUUUCUUCGACCACAAAAGCUUCAGGAAUUGAAAUGGCAAAUGAUCAAGACCCUUUCACUGGUGCUUCUUCAUCCUCACAGAAGCUGCCUGACGACAUGUACCUCGUGGGCUUCGUGACGGCCAACAUUUUGUGCCUCAGAGGCUAUGCCGGCGGUGUCAUCAGCGGAGAAAUGGUGAACCUUGUCCGUCAACCCGUCAACGCUAUCCAAGUGUUCAACCUUCUCAACGAAGAGGUCGGCCACAUCGAGUCCUCCGCUGCCCGAGUCUUAUCUCCUCUCAUGGACGCUAGGAUUAUCAUGAUCCAAGGUGUUAUUCCAAAGAUGUAUUGGGAAGGAUACACCUAUGAGGAGGUCCCAUGCCAAAUUCACAUCUUUACCACCAUAUCCGCAUCCAUAACUGUCAAAUCCAUGAUUCAAACUGCUAGGUUGCACUUCAUUUCUGCAAAUGACCCUUCUAUGGCUUUAUCAGAGUUACCCAUUGUGAAAGAACAUGUGGAUGCAGCUGUGAGGAGAAGCGUGGAUGAGAUUUUUAAGGUUCUCCGUGAGAAGAAAGCUUUGGGGACAUUAGACCCUCCAAAUGCCAUCAUAAAGUCUGAACUUCUUCCACAUCAGAAGGAAGGAUUAUGGUGGCUAGUCCAGCAGGAGAAAGCCAAAUAUUUGCCUCCUUGCUGGGAGGAAAUAGAUGGGCAUUUUGUCAACGCAUUGGCGAAUUACAGUACCGAGAGCUGUCCUGAUCCUAUCCGGGGUGGGAUCUUCGCAGACGAAAUGGGUUUGGGUAAAAUUCUCACUAUUCUUUCACUGAUUGCGUUGGAUAAAUUUGAAGAUUUGGAGCAAACGGAAGGUAUACCCAUUUUUUCUAUUGGUGAAAUCUCUGAGAGUGGGAGAGCUAGCCAUGAGACCAUGCAAGAUAUGUGUUUUAACAUGGUCUGUUCUUCACAUACGAGAACGACUUUGGUUGUGUGUCCGCCAGCUGUGUUGUCAGUGUGGAUGACACAGUUAGAAGAGCACACUACAGUUGGUUCUUUGAAGGUGUACAUGUAUUAUGGCAGUAAGAGGACUAAAGAUGCCAACGCCCUUCAACAAUAUGAUUUGGUUUUGACAACUUAUAACAUUGUGGCUAAAGAAUAUGAGUUGUUGGACUCACCAAUGAAAAUGAUAGAGUGGUGGAGAGUUGUUCUCGACGAGGCACACGUGAUUAAGAAUUCAGAUUCUAAGCAGAGCCAGGCCGUUAACAACUUAAAAGCCAAACGGAGGUGGGUUGUGACUGGGACUCCAGUUCAGAAUAGCCCACUUGAUUUGUAUGCUUUUAUGGCGUUUCUUAAGGUUGAGCCUUUUUCUAUCAAGAACUUCUGGAAUACUUUGAUACAACGCCCCCUUUUACGUGGAGAUCAGAUGGGAUUUUUACGGCUUCAGGCUCUAAUGGACACAAUGUCAUUGAGAAGAACAAAAGAUAAAACACUGGUUGGAUUGCCAACAAAAAUUAUAUGGACAUAUUAUGUGGAUCUGUCUGAUGCAGAAAGGGAAAUUUAUGAUCAGAUGGAAUUUAAAGCAAAGCAAAUUAUUCAGAACUAUAUUCAUGAGGAAAGUUCAAUGAAGAAUUAUUGGACUGUACUGAGCGCACUUGUGCGCCUUCGACAAAUAUGUGCAGAUGUGUCCCUGGUUCCCGCGGAGCUUCGAGAUUUACUUCCAUCAUCUCAAAUUGGAGAUGUACAGAACAACCCACAACUGCUCCCUAAGGUGGUGAUGGCACUACAAGAUGAUGAUGACAUUAACUGCCCAAUUUGCAUAUCACACCCAAAAGACACAGUCAUUACAUGCUGUGCUCAUAUCUUUUGCAAGAUGUGCAUCCUCACGACACUCCAGGAAAACAACCGAAGCUGCCCAAUUUGUCGCCAUCCGCUCACGGAGUCCGACCUCUUCUUCGCACCAUCACAGGCUGCUCCCGCAUCAGACCGUGAAGGAAACGGCCCAUCCACAAAAGCCACUGCCCUUCUAAAACUUCUCCUCACAGAACGGGAGCUGGACCCGACAGCAAAAUCAAUAGUGUUCUCGCAGUUUAGCAGGAUGUUGCAUUUACUUGAAGAGCCACUGAAAGCUGCAGGUUUGAAGAUACAGCGGUUGGACGGGUCGAUGAACGCAAACAAACGGGCCCAAGUGAUAAGGGAAUUCAGUAUCCCGGCACCCGAAGGAGCCACGGUCCUACUUGCAAGCCUUAAGUCAUCGGGAGUUGGAGUAAACCUCACAAUGGCUUCAAGUGUUUACUUGUUUGAUCCGUGGUGGAACCCGGCGGUCGAGGAGCAGGCCAUGGACCGUGUGCAUAGGAUUGGCCAAAGGAAGGAGGUGAGAAUUGUGAGGAUGAUUGCACUUGACACCAUUGAGGAAAGGAUAUUGCGGCUGCAAGAAACGAAGAAAAGUUUGACUCGGGAAGUUUUCAUGAAGAAGCAAAGCUCCCAAGAUCAAAGAGAUAUAAGCACAGAUGACCUCAUUAGCUUGAUGCAGUUGUGAUUCAAACUGUUGAAUCAAAAGAAGUUUGAUGAAUGAAUUGAAGCAUCACAUUGGACAAGUCGCAUACAUGGUAAAACCUCUUCUUAGCUUCUUCCUCACUGCCAACAACUUUGGCUAGGAUUAUGAUUGAUGGUUUUCAACGCCUAUAUUGUGUGUAAAAAUGUCUCAAUGAGUUUUUUUUUGAAGAAAUGAAACUCAGCUGUAAACUAAUGUAGCAGUUUUGUAGAGUUAGAAGUAUUAACUUCAAAUUUGGUAAUUGAUCAUAAUAAUUUUUUCUUGUGAGCAACAGUUAAAUUCU